ACGCCUCCGCCGUCACGGCGGGCCGGGGCGGGAACGGGCCGGGGCCUGCCCGCCCCUCCCCUCCCCGCCCUGCCGCCGCCGCCGCGCCCGGUGGGAUCAGGUUCGCCGGGGCCGGGUAAGAGCGGCGGGAGCCCAGCUGGGGCACCGGGUGUUUGUCCGUCCGGAGGAAGGGGUGGUCAGGGCGGUGUCCGGCCAGCCGGAAAGGAGCUGCCGGGCGCGGCGGGAAGGGCCGCAGCGCCCCGCGGGCCCUCACCGGGACCGGGACCGGGACCGCCCCACCGCGGCCCAGCGCUGCCGCCUGGCCUGGGGCGGCUGUGGCAGAAGGGAGGUGGAGACGGUCUGACUUGUUCCCAUCGUGGAUGACCUUGACAACAAAUCUACUCAGCCAUGUCUUACGGUGCAGGCUUUGGGGAUCCUAACCAACUAGCGCAACGCAUAACUUCUAACAUCCAGAAGAUCACACAGUGCUCUGCUGAAAUACAAAGAAUACUACAUCAGCUUGGAACACCACAAGACACGCCUGAGUUGAGGCAACAGCUGCAACAGAAGCAGCAGUACACCAACCAGCUUGCCAAAGAGACUGACAAAUACAUUAAAGAGUUUGGAUCUUUGCCUGCAACAAGUGAACAGCGUCAAAGAAAAAUACAGAAAGACCGUCUUGUGGGGGAGUUCACCACAGCACUAACAAAUUUCCAAAGACUCCAAAGGCAAGCUGCUGAGAAAGAAAAAGACUUUGUAGCCAGAGUAAGAGCCAGCUCAAGGGUAUCUGGUGGUGCUCCUGAAGACAGCUACAAAGAAGGAACACUUGUCUCUUGGGACAGUCAACCACAAGCACAAGUGCAAGAUGAAGAAAUUACAGAAGAUGACCUCCGUCUUAUUGAGGAGAGGGAAUCUUCCAUUAGGCAGCUUGAGGCAGAUAUUAUGGACAUCAAUGAGAUUUUUAAAGAUCUAGGAAUGAUGAUUCAUGAACAAGGUGAUGUGAUAGACAGCAUAGAAGCCAAUGUGGAAAAUGCAGAUGUACAUGUGCAGCAAGCAAACCAGCAGCUGUCAAGAGCAGCAAACUACCAGCAAAAGUCCCGAAAGAAGAUGUGCAUCCUCAUUAUUAUACUUGCUGUUGGAGUGUUGAUUACUGGAAUCAUCAUAUUUUUACUCUCAAGAUAAGUCUCUGCAGAAAGCACUGUAAUUGGUAUUUAAGUUAUGAAAGGAAAUUCCUAGUCACUCUUUGCUCAUUGUGAAGCUGAGUAAAAUAAUGGUUCUGUACUUCAUCACACUUAUUUUUUUAAUAAGACGUUUUGUUUUAACCUGAGAAGUAACAUUCUCAGUACUACUGUCAGUAUAACUGCCUGCCUUCUUGGAUGUGGGUGCUGUCUUAUCAGAAGAAAACAGUCAAGGUCAUAAACCGUUCCGUUAACUUAAACAUAAAAGCCUAUUAAGGUGUUUAGGGGGCUAAUCAAAAUCCUGAUAAUUUGUUUUGAUGGGGCAGGUAAUUAUAUUUUGGGAUAUUGCUAAAUGUUGCUGCCAAAACAAACUCCUGAAUUGUUGCUCGAGGCAACGAAUACGCAUCUCAGAAUUUAUUUUUAAGUUAGAAGUGUCUUUCUAUCUCUUCCCCUUCCAUCCCACUCACCUGCCCAUUUGAUAUGGGUGGCUCAAAACUAAAAUGUAGGUUUCUGAAAUUGGUAUGAUCUCUCUUUUAUAACUGAAGCCUUUGAAUUAAGCCUUCAGUUUGCCUGAAAUCUUUUAGAUGCUUCAUAUAUCUCUAUAUCUGGCAUUGAGUAUGGUUACGCGUGGAAGCCUCUUGCAAAGGUAGGUAGGGUGGAUGGUGUAAUUAUGUGGACUUUUGGUUUCAGUUCUUGCAUUAAGAAAUACUGUGUUUUAUGUGCACACGUCUGGUUUGUUUGCAUCUGAAAUGUGCAUCAAUGAGCUUGGCUAGAUGAAAAUAAGCUCUAGUCUGUGAAUUCUUAGAUUUGCUGGGAAGAAUAGAAAUUCCCAACUUCCUAACUGCACUUGAAAGUCACUGUUCUGAAACUGCUGUGAUUCAGUUUCCAUGAACAGAUCUAGAGUUGUAUGUGAGGUCUUUCUUACAGCUGAAGAAAAGAAGAUUACAAGUUCAACAGUCGUUUUUGAAAUUAAGUUGAAAUCGGUUGAACUGAUUCAAACUGUUUAAGAUGUUUGAUGCUUAUAGCCUUUAAAAUGACCUUUUCCCUUUUGUGCCAUUUUGUACUAAUAUAUUAAAAAUGUAACAACACUGUUUUGCCAAUUAAUCUAUUUGCCUUUUGAAUUGAUCUUGAUGAACUAAUCUGAAAAGUGUACAGAUGCAAAAUUCACUUAAUCUGUAUUUUAUAGAGUACUUGGACUCUAGACUGAUAGAGAAUGCAUUGUUUACAUGGUGAGCUAUGAAAUAUUAUUUGGGAACAAUCUAACUAUAAGCAUAAACAGACUUCAGAAUUGUAACCAUGCAACCAAAAUAAAGGUCUUUUAAAGAGUA